AUGGGUUGACACCAAUCAAUUUUACACCAUUGCAAGACAAGGCAAAAACUCCAUUAUAGUCUUUUGAUUUGUAUAAACAAAGGAGCUGUUCUAAACUUGUCUGAGGCAGCAUUUAAGUAGUGAGGUGCUUUCCUGUUCAUCUUUUGUUUGAUCCUCAGGAAACUUGUUACAUUUAUACCACACAUCUUGAAAAAGUUUCCGGUUUUCGGAUCUUUUUCCAAGAAGGAAAAAGUAUGGCAUUCACAGGAACUUUGGACAAAUGCAAGGCUUGUGAUAAGACUGUUUAUGUGGUUGAUAUGUUAUCCCUUGAAGGAACGCCUUACCAUAAAUCCUGCUUCAAAUGCAGCCACUGCAAAGGAACUCUUGUGAUGAGCAACUACUCCUCCAUGGAUGGAGUCCUCUACUGCAAGCCUCAUUUCGAGCAACUUUUUAAGGAAUCUGGCAAUUUCAGUAAGAAUUUUCAAACUGGAAAGUCAGAGAGGAAUCAUGAGCUGUCUAGGACACCCAGCAAACUCUCUUCCUUGUUUUGUGGAACCCAAGACAAAUGUGCAGCCUGCGAGAAAACAGUGUACCCCCUUGAGAAGGUGACAAUGGAGGGUGAAUGUUACCACAAGACAUGUUUCAGGUGUGCUCAUGGUGGGUGUCCUCUUACACACUCAUCUUAUGCAGCUCUUGAUGGAGUUCUUUACUGCAAGCAUCACUUUUCUCAGCUCUUCAUGGAGAAAGGCAAUUAUAGCCAUGUUCUCAAGGCUGCUACCCAUAGGAGGAAUGCUUCGACAACUUCUGAACCAGCUGAGACUGAACCAGCUGAGACUAAACCAGAAGGACCUACUGGUGAAGACAACCACACAGAGGAUCGAACUUCAUAAAUUACCAUUUAUACUUCUCAUCAGCAUUUUUCUGGCGGAAGAGGAAGACCUCCUCAUCAUGUUCAAACUCUUCUUUGAGUGUUGACAAAAUUAUUUUGAAUUUUCUAUUUUAUUUUAUUGUUACCGGAUCAUGUGAUACACUACUGCUGUCAAAGUAAACAUUUAUGCCGUUAAAACUUAACAUAUGCACGUACAUAUU